AAACUACAAAUGUCAGUUGCGACAAUGGCUUUAAGGUUAUCGUUAGUUCGUGCAAUUAUUCCUCCGGGUUUUCGGCCGUUUUCCAGUAAAUAUCCGGAGGGGAUCCAGCAUUUAGUAGACAAAAUAGUUGUUACCAAUGACGGUAAAAUGAUUGUCAGUUGGCACCCGGACACACCGUUUCCAUAUGAAAUGUCCAAGCCAAUACCAAACAUCGAGAAAUUGGACAGUACAUCGCUCCUGAAGGAGGACAAAUUGGACAAUGCAAUGAAGGCGUUCAAGAACAAGCAUCCAGAGGCGGCACGCCAGGAACUCAUGAGCCUUACAUACACCACGAAGCACAGAUGGUUCCCCCGAUCUCGCGACAAAAGAGCCAAGAAAACGCCAAUGGAGCGGCCCUAUUUGUAGACUGCAACUGGCCCAUUUGUUUCUUGUCAAUAUUUGAUGUAGGCUUAGUAAUAAAGAUGUAAAAUAUUA